ACUCUCGUUUCUUAUAUCGUAAACACUCUUUCUUUUUCCCUUCAUUUUGUUGGCAACUCUAGCACCUCAACAAAUCCUGCUACUGCUGUUAAAAAUCAUGGAAAUCUUUCAAGCCAAAGUCGACAACACGAGGAUCAGUUCCAACAGAUAUACAACAUUCUUUGUUGUACUUUUCAUAUCAUUUCCUGUUGCUGUUAUAGUUUCUUCAAUGUACCGAAACUCAUCUUUCUUUGUUUUUGAGGGGUUUUUCCAAGCCAGGGAAGCAGGAAAAUCCUUUCAGAACAUUACAACCACUGGUUCUCAGUUGGGAGAAAGAGUUCACAAUAUAUCAGAUGACAACUUAAGACCUGUCGGAGAAGGCAAGGUAAAAAGAGGAACAGCUCCGAACGUUACUUCAGAGUUGUUGACUAGUGAGCCAAACGUUACAACUAAUGGUACAGUCCAAAACGUAACACAUCACAUCUUAGAAGGGAACAAUAAUAACAGUGUUAGCGGUUUGAAGAAUGCUUCAUUGACAGGUUCAACAAAUGAAUCAUUUCCACGGGUUAGUCUCGAUAACAAAGAGGAGCUACUUGGUGGACUUUUAACUGGGGGAUUUGAUGAAGCAUCAUGCAUAAGCAGGGUGCAAUCCCACUUGUUCCGCAAGGUUUCUCCUCACAAAGCUUCUCCGUUUUUGAUAUCUAAACUACGUAACUACGAAGAAAUUCAUAGAAGGUGUGGACCUAACACAAGAGCUUAUGACGGAAGCAUGAGAAAGAUUGCACGCUCCAAGGACAAUGGUACUGCUACAAUGUGUAAGUACCUUAUUUGGACACCAGUUAAUGGUUUGGGAAACCAAAUGAUUAGCAUUGUUGCAACAUUUCUUUAUGCCAUCCUCACUGAUCGAGUGCUACUUGUAAAAUUUGGGGAAGACAAGCACGACCUGUUUUGCGAGCCGUUUCUCAAUUCAACUUGGAUAUUACCUCAGAAGUCUCCUUUCUGGAAAGAAAAUCAUAUUCAAACACAGCUCCAGAAGGAUAAGGUCAACAAUUCAACAUCAGUUUUGUUUAUCAAUCUACAAUACACCCAUAGCAGCCAUGAGAAAAUUUUUCACUGUGAUCAAACUCAAGAUCUUAUCCGCAAUAUUCCUUUGCUGAUCUUGAUGUCUGAUCAGUACUUUGUCCCUUCUCUAUUCAUGAACCAACUUUUCAACAUGGAGAUUAGUAAAAUGUUCCCAGAGAAAGAUACAAUUUUCCACCAUUUGGGUCGCUACCUUUUUCACCCUUCAAAUGAGGCAUGGGAACUAAUCAGUAGGUACUAUCAGGCACACCUGGCCAAGGCAGAUGAGCGCAUAGGCAUACAAAUAAGAGUAUUUAAUGCUAUUUCCACUCCAAAACAGGCAAUAAUGGAUCUAGUUUUAAGCUGCACAUUGAAUCAUAAGAUACUACCAAAAGUGGAUUUGCAAACUUCGAUGUCUUCUGUUGGAAAAAAUGAAACUGUAAAGGCAGUUCUUGUGGCAUCUUUAUAUAAGGAGUUUGGAGAUAAUUUAAGGAGGAUGUAUGAAAAGAAAGCAACGGCUAGUGGGGAAUUCAUAGAAGUUUAUCAGCCAAGUCAUGAAGGGAAGCAAAUGUUUAAUGAUAAGAAGCAUAAUGUAAAAGCUUGGAUGGAGAUGUAUCUGCUGAGUUUAUGUGACGUGUUGGUGACUACCUCUCUCUCUACUUUUGGGUAUGUUGCUCAAGGAUUGGGAAAUUUAAAGCCAUGGUUUCUUUACAGGCUGGUGAAAAAUGAGACCCAUUUCCCACCCUGUGAACAAGAUUUCUCAUUGGAGCCUUGUUAUCACGAUCCUCCCAAGCAUUACUGUGAUGGAAAGCCAUUGAAAGAUUUUGUCUCUUCCUUUUCCAGUUUGAAAAAGUGCAAAGAUUUUAGUUUUGGUGUAAAGCUGGUUAACGACACUACAACAUUCUUUCACAAAUAAUGAAAACAUUUAACACUUCAUGGUGCAAAGAACAAAUUAUGGCACUCUUUAGUACUAUUUUAUUUUUCUUGUGUAGCAAGUUUUCUGUA